AUUUCCAGCAAGUCGCACGGGGAAAUUUAGUACCCACUUUCUCUUUCGUCUGGCUUAAAAGAAGCAAUUUCAGAAGAAAAAAUGUUGUUUGGAAAAUUAUGAGUUCAGGACAGGGAAGUUAAUUACUCUACAUCUGAGGCAGUGGGUGUGCUGAAGAGAACAUCAGACAGUGAAACUACUAGCUGCCCAAAGAAAGAAUAACUUACCCAUAGUUUAGAAGAAUGAAGUGUGUUGGUCCUCCUGGAGGGGACCCUUGUGGGGCAGACUUAGACCCAGGCAACAAAUUUUGUCCAAAUUGUGGAACAUCUGUGAAGUUGUCAACCAUUGUUGAAUGUGAAAGCAGAACUGUGUGCACUAACAUCAUUGAUGGAAGAGAGUGUGGUGCCACUUUAUUGCCAACACACAAUUUCUGCCCAGGCUGUGGAGAGAAAAAGACAAAUGGUAAUUUCAGAGUUGAAAAAGUUCAGGGCACUGAAAUAAAUCAACCAACAGUUGAAGUAGAAGUUAUGCCAAAAAGAACAUCAGACAGUGAAACCCCAAGCCGUCCAAAGAAGAUUAAAGUUGAUGAAGAGUUACAUGUUGAUAUGAGCCAAGUGAAGUAUCCACCCUCCAUGCAAAACAAAGAUGAAAAUAUGGCUGAGGAACACCACCACCAUUUACGGCCUGGCUGCUCAGCAAAUGAUUCAUCACAGGUCUCAGGCAUAUCAAGUGGCUCAUCAAAGGCCCCAGUCACAUCAAGUGAUUCAAGACAGGCCCCAGGCACACCAAGUGGUUCAUCAGAUGAGCCAGGCAAGUCAAGUGGUUCACCACUGACCACAGGCACACCUAGUGGUGCAUCACAGGAGCCAGGUACAUCAAAUGGUUCAUCACAGGUGACGGGCACAUCAAGUGGUUCAUCACAGGCCACAUGUACACCAAGUGGUUUAUCACAGACUCCAGUCACAUCAAGUGAUUCAAGACAGGGCCCAGGUACAUCAAGCGAUUCAUCACAGGAGCCAGGUACAUCAGGUGGCUCAUCACAGGUGACGGGCAUAUCAAGUGGUUCAUCACAGGAGCCAGGCAAACCUAGUGGUUCAUCACAGGAGCCAGGCACAUCAGGUGGUUCAUUACAUGAGCCAGGCACAUCAGGUGGUUCAUUACAGGAGCCAGGCACAUCAAGUGGUUCAUCACAGACCACAGGCAGAUCAGUUAGUUCGUCACAGGAGCCAGGCACAUCAAGCACUUCAUCACAGUUCACAGGCACUGAUGUUACAUCAAAAGAUGUACAUGAAGGUACCCUUGGUGUAUCCUCUAGUGAUGGAAAAAGAGUAACUUCUAACAGGAAUCCUAACACUAAUGCUGGGAUUUUCACCAUGCAACACAAUGCAACAAGUAGUACUUCUGACAAGGAAGGCAAGGUGUUUGGUGAGGGAAACAAAGGUGAUAUUUCAACUGAAAAUGAUAAAAAAACAAACAACACUACUGAACAGCCUUCAACAAGCUCUUUACCACAAGAGAAUGAAGAUGUCGGAUCUCCAGUGGACGAACCUCAAAGAGAUACCCAGGAGAUGGCAACAACAGCAGAGAGCGAUAAUCGAAUAGGAGGUGAAAUGAUAAACAAGAAGAACCAAGAACCAGACAAUUAUGUCCCAGCAACAAAAGGCAACAGUAAAAAGGGAAAAAACAAGGGCAAAAAUGUCAAUACACAGAAGUCGAGGAACAGCAACGAGGCAGAGAUCAGUGUUCAUUUCCAUGUGAUCAUGUCCCCAGAUGUCGCUUUUGAUCAGCAGAAGGACACUUUUGUAAUGAAGCUGAGUCCCGAGGAACUUGGAGGGUUCUCAUUCACAUCAGGAGCAGGUGGUUGGGUACUACUGAAAGAAAGGUGGGUGUGUGUCACAUCAACACUUUACCCAAAUAGCCAAUAUUUCCAAAGAUUACCAGAUGGUUUACUAAAGUUUGGAAACAAGAGAGCAUGGUUUUGCCAGGAAAGCUGGUAA